AUGGCAAGGGGUAUGACAGGAGUCCAGUCUCACACGCAAUAUGAGGAGACCAUCUCCUUUCCAGUUUUGACCUAUACCGAUGCGUUGCCGCGGAACGACCUUCAAUCUCUUGAGGCCUCACAGCGUCCAAUUCAGCCAAUGAUUGAAAAGUGGGAUUUCAGUCAGCCCUCUACGGGAGAUGGCUGGUUCAGAAAGCCACCCCCGGGCCAAGGCGCAACCUUCGACUUUCGCCUAACAGCGCCACCAGAUGAAGCCAUUCAAUCUACUCGAUCAGGUCGUACCCAGACUGAGCAACACAUGAUUGGCAUUGCGCUGGGCAGUCCCGGCAUGUUGAACAAAGACGAGGCUCUACCGCCCCCAAGAUUUGAUACAUCUAUAUUUGCAGAAAGAGAUUCAGCCAAUAAGCCCAGCAAGUGGAAGAAGAUUGGUGGGUUCUUCAAGGCAAAGAAUGCGUUUACAUCGCCCCCAGAAGCCCCACAAGAGAGCACCUUCAAGCCACAAAUCAACAAUGAUAAACUACCAGAGAAACCACACAAAGCAAGACUGAGAAAGAACUCGACAGAGGAAUGGCCGAAGCUUGAGGUCGAUCCCAGGCAGAUGCCUAUGCCUGGUCGAAGCGAUCAACGUCCACUGCGAAGUAGGAACUUCUCACUCAGCAACAAGGCACCCAAGGAGGAACCAAGUACCCGGGGCCUCUUAUUGAGUGUCGACAUCCCAGAUAUUCAGAUGGAGCGGUACAGUGUCAUGUUCAGCAAUGUCGUCAACAAGAACCAAAAACCCUCACUGCUGGCCAGGAGGGCCAAGACAUUGGAUAAUCUUCGCGUACCAGAUGCAAAUGGUUUCCUGAAAUCACCUGCACCACCCCCAAUGCCCCAACGCCGGGCAACAUCACCAGCGCGAUCAAGCUUCACCUUGUUCCCAUCUUCGCAGCCUUCAAAAGGGGCCCAGGUACUCGGCACACAGAAUUUCUCUCGUGGACCGAGCCCACUUAUUAGAGCAAAUACACUCCCUAUCGAAAGUCCAUCGAAGAUGCCUCCGCCAAAGCUCCAUCAUGGUUCAAAUAUGGGCAGCAUCUCAUCAUUCGAGUCGCCCGUAAUUCCAAAGCUUUUCUCUGAGCGCUCCAAUACCCCACGGUCCUCUAGUAGCUAUGACAAGCCUCUUCCUGCUAUCAAGCCGGAGCCACAGACUACCCAAUUACAGAAGAGUGCUCAGCCAGAAAGGAAAAGCCCAUCCCCGCAGAAGACUCGGCCACAACAGAGCGUCCAAUCGCACAAUACUGUUGCAACAAAACCGGUUCAGCCCUGGGUCAAUCCACGGCAGAGAAAGGAUUCGCUGCCGCGAGCCAUAGAGAAACAGCCCCAGGCUACUUCACCACAAAGCAAGACACAACAUCAGCCCAAUACGACAUCGAACCACCACAGGACUAACGAUUCAGUGCGACCGCGCCUCAGAGUCCAAACUGAAGGCCGACCACCACCACCCGCAAAGGACACACUCUCUAGCAGUACAUCUCGAAGCCCUCCUUCAGCAUUAAACCCGACCCAGACCAAGAUCGACCGAAUCAUGUCCCCAUUAUCAGCAUCAACUGGUCCUAAAUCCGGCGUAUCACCAUCAGAGUCCACGCGGAUGCCAUUCACUGAUCCAGUUGAGACCAUUGGUACCGUUGAAAAGGAGCCUGCACCCGAGCCUCGACGUCCUAUCCCAAAGAUUGAGGUCUCCAUAGCACGCUCUGUCUCUGUCUCGCGGGCGAAGCGCCAGGUUCUGGUUCCCAUUGGCAUGAGGAUCAAUGACUUAGACCCGGAGGAGCGGGUUGUCCACCGAAGACCUCUGACGCCGCAGAUUACCGAUGCUCACCGGGGCCAUCGGCCUGGUGUCUCGCAGGAGUUGCGGAUAGAAUGUCUGUGA